AUGAGGACAUAUAAGCGAUAUUUCGAGACUCGAAACGUUCAAUACUGCGUACUGGAGACGGGUGAAGGAUCAAAAAGGAUUAGUUGGAAGAAAUCGCGGCUUCACGCAAGUCUCCGCCUACCGAGAAUGAGCCGCCCUUUUUGGGUGAAUGGAUGAGCGUGAAAAAAAAUAUUAGGUUGAAGACGACAAAAAGGGAAAUAAGAUGUUUUCGAAAAAUAUUAACUUAAAGUGUGAAAUGCAAAAAUCCAAAAACGAUUGUAGCAACAGGGAAAUGGAAAACUGGCACUAUAUCUUAAAACAUUGAAAAACUCAACAAAAAAGAAUUAGGCUUUGAAGUUUUCUAAACGAUAACAUAUAUUCAAAAAAAAAAAAAAAACAGUUAGAAUGCUUCUUGUUAACCAUAAGAAAUUUUAAAAAUUAUAACUGCGCACAAAGAUGAUAAUAUGAGCAAUUGUGAGAUUUAGUGGGUUUUUUUCGGCGGCCUUUCGAAGUGUGCUCCAAAGAACCACGUUUCAAACUGGCCUCUUUAAAAUUGUUGAGAGAUAACGAGCCAAUCACAACUCUCUAGCUGCGUUAAACUUUUUUCUUUUUUUUGUUAUAACAAUCAUCUCAGGGACUCUUCAUCCUGGCUUAUUUUUCUCCAUCGUUUGAGCAAUCCUCUGCUCCAUCGAGUCGUUUCUUGAUUCUCAGAAGCUCCUGUUCCUCACCCACGUACAGCUUUCGCCUGUCGCCAGUAUGUUCAAAAGCCACAGGUGAGCGAAAUCCAUUAUUGCCUUUUUUGUGCAGGACUCUGUGCCUGUUCUCACUGCAGUCAAAAAGAAUAGAAUCUUCGCCGCUUUACGAAGGUCGUUUCAUAUCUUUUUCUCAAGCUCUGGACGCCUACAAAGGGAACCUCUUCUUGCCAAUUUGACAAAUAUUGCGACGAUGUAUUUUCAUUGCACAUAAUGUACAUGGACACAGAGGCAUAUAGUCUGUUCAGAUUUUGAAUGUCAAGUCGUUUCUAAAGCUCCGCCCCUAAUGCCCCAAUAAGCCAAUCAGAGCGAGCCAUCCACAGAGUGUUUUCGAAUGACGUCAUUGUACUUGACAUUCAAAAUAUGAACAAACUGUAUUAAACCAUUUUCCACAAUUUCGCCAUUUAAAAAAAAUGACAAUUCUAUAGAAUGAGUAGUAGAUCUACUAUAACUAUUUUAAAAAAAAGGAAAAAAGAGAGUGGAAAUUUGAUAUAUUUGCGAAAAUAGUGACUACCUUUUCUGUUUCUCAUUUUUGAUUCACCAUGUAUUUACACAGAUCUGAACAAUAUUCAGCCAUCGGUAAGAAAUUUUUGAAUAACUGUAGUCAGAAGAGAUGUUAUCUACAAUUAUAUCUGAUAGCUGCCUUCCUCUAUUUUUUUAACGCCCACGUCUUUGCAACGCUCACUAAUGAGCACCCAAAAGCGCCACGUUUUUGGAAAUGACUAGUUUCUCCGCGAAAGGUAGGCUGAAACUCUUGGAAACGCGAAAAUAAUAGACCCGAUUAUUUUGCUGAUAAUGACACGGAUAAGAAUUCUGAGUAUUGCCUUUGCAAAAGACAUCACCUUGUUUAAAAGCAAUUUUUUUUAUUUAUCAAAAAACAGACAACUAUCUUGUUUUGAGCGAUCCAAUAUAUCACUUUCUUUUUCUGUCAAAAAGGUCAUUUUAUUUUGCGGUUAGGAGUUUCCUGAAAACCAUCUAGAUUAUUUUCUACUUUUAUUUUGAAAGAUCCUGGAAGACUCAACCUGCAAAACUUCCUAGUUUUCGAGAAAUAAGAGCUGAAUUCUAAAAAUGGCCUACUUUGAAAUGUUUCGAGGGUUUUCUUCGACUUAGAGCCUUUCUUUCUAGAAAACUAAAAAGUCGUAGAGGUUGAGGCAUUCAGUUACUUCAUUUGGUACAUCAAAAAGUGUUUUGGUCAGUUUCCAGUAAAUUCCCAACCGCAAAAUAUAAUGACCUUCCUUGUUAGGUCGAAUCUUUAGUUAAAAGCAGACAAAACCACACAAUUUUGGAUUUUUGCUAGCAGUUCAAAGCAAAAUCGACCGGAAAUGAAAUUUUACCGUACAUGUAGACAGGAUAUUCACAGAAUUAAACUAGAAAAAAAUUCAGGAGUGUAAUCGGAAAUUAAACGAGUUUCCUGAAGCUAUAGUCACGUAUAGGGUGUUGAAGUUUUGAUUGUCAAAUUUCGAAAGAAAAAAAAACUCCAACAAACAAGGAUCUGAUUGGCUCGCUUCAUGAAACUGUUACAAUUCACCUCGAGCGAAAUAAAGAAGCAUGUCUUCAGUCCAUUCAUCUUUUUCUUAACUUCUCUAGUAGAUUGAUAAGGGUGAUGCGUUGCGUGUGCAACGCGGCUUUUGGCGGGAAUUCAAAUUCAAACACGAGCCACCUUUUUUCUCUUUUCUCGAAAUUUUUUUUUCAAUAAUUUUUUUUUCAACAUGGGUUUGAAAAAAUUUAUUUGAAUGGACGAAAGCAAAAAAAAAUAAAAUGAUACUUGAUUUUUUCUACAUUUUCCCACGAUUGUGUUUGACUUCAAAAUACCCGCUAAAAGCCGCACACGCAACGCUUCGCCCUUGCCACUCUGCCCAUCUCGCUUUUCAAGUCGAAAGGUUUGACUAUAUGAGGCGCGCCAUCAUGUCUGUCGGUCCACAGGGUCACAAGAUCGACCCCCGCCCCGACCCAACCAAGGGGUUUAAGAAAUGUUGGUAGUGGGAACCCACGACUUCAAAAUCCCCAGCCGUCACACACAAGGACGGAUAUGUCACUGGAGCCAGUCCACUGAUUAUCACUGAUCAGGAUAGGACCUCGGCUAAUCGACUUGGGGCGCCGACGCCGCUCAAGCGGUACAAAGGCGUAGGAAGAAGAAGAAAUUUUGACUAUAUCAUUCUUUUUUUCUUUUUUUUUUUGCUUUUUUUUUUGGUGAAGUUAAUCUUUCAGAUUUAUAUAAAGAAAGAAGUGGUAGAGCUAAGAUAUAGUGUUUGAACGAAGCUUUAACAUGGGAAAAGUCUAAGCGUCUUUUCGGAGACCUCAAAAAAAGAACAGGAAGCUCCUUUUCAAGUUCCUAGAGAAGUUUCUAAACUCCUUUUCAAACCUUUUACCGAGAAAGGGAAUCGCGAGAACGCAUAUAAGGUUGAAUAUGGAGAAAUCAGAAGAAAUCUAAAAAAAAGCUUCGAACAGCCGUUCAGUGGUUUCUGAACCGCAAGAGCAGAAAUAAGAAGAAAAAAAAGGUUUUGGAAAGAGAGAGAGAGUUCGACAAGACGCUUUUCCUAGCAAUUUUCCAGGUUGAACGUGAAAAAAGGGAUAACUGGCAAGGUGGGGGCGGCUAGAAGCGAUUUGGUGAGUCAUAGGCCCUGAGGGCAGGUAGCGGUGCAUAAAAGGAGCAAAGAGAGGCGAGAUUACGGACGAGCGCCGGUCGGUUGCAUGGUUACAAGCCAAGCACACAUUUCCGAGAGUGGGACGGUUCCCUUCGAGAACUAAUUCACAAUUAAAACAAAAUUUUUUGAUUAAAAUUUUCUACUCCAUUUUAUAAACUAAAAAAAAUGAUUAGACGUCGGAUAACUGAUGCGAAAGUACCAUUUUUUCGUUUUUACUCGACUUCAAAUCUCAAGGUAAACUUUUUUCAGUCCACUUCCAAAAAAAUAUAUGUUGGAUUAUAAAAACUUUUUAAAAAAAAGGUUUCCUUCUACGCACUUUUUGGGAAUCAGUUUUCUUGAAAAAAUAAGUCUGCGACUGGCAGUGUAGUUUUUCUUUGAGUAGUUGGGGUGUAUCAAAAUAAGUAUACAAAUAUUUUUGGGAGAGCUACGAUCGCAAAAGUUAAAAUUUUCAUAAGAUUUGAAGCGGAAAAGUUAUCAGAAAAAGCGGGAAAGAACGCUUUGAAUGGAGAUAAUUCCCAUGAUCCCUUUGCUUUUUCGGCUUAAAGAGACCUCGUGCGUGAGGAAUUUAGUGAUAUCACAGGAGGAAAAGAUUACUGCAUCCAGAGGCUUCUGAAAUAAAAGGCGGAAACCAAAAAAUGAUGAGAGCGUUUAAAACUUGUAUCAGUAAAGUUUUAUCAGUAAAAUUUAUUAGGCGCAGAGGCAAAUCUGCGUGAAAAGUUCUUUUUUUAAAUUUCGUCUAGCUUGAAAUUCCAUAAGUUAGCGUGAAUCUUCUGAUUAAAAACGCAUCAAAGAUAAUCCUGUUUCUUUUUUGUUCAAACAUUGAGAUUCGACAACUUUCUGCAAGUUCCGAACAGAAAUAGGAAAAAAAGCAAAACGAGCUGGUUCAUCCUGCAAAAUUAACUCCACUCUUCAGGUUGACUUUUUUCGCAGAAGGGGAUGCAGUAGAUUUCGAGAAUUUCAGAUAACAACAAGGUGAUUUGAACUAUCAAUUGAGUUGCCUGAUAAGAUUUAUCUUGAAGAGCCCCUGCCAGCAAAAGAGAAAAAAGGUUCUCUCAAACUAAAAAUUGUUUGGAACUCGGAGUGACAAUUAAAAAAAACAGUUAGAGGUAAGGCGCCAGCUGACGUUUCGGCGCUCGAAGACGCACGAGUGGCUCGGCUCUCGAGAGAUCCAACUGUGACGUCACGCAAAGGCCGUGAACUUCUUGAGUUGACAGUUAUUGAUCGUCCAGCUGUUUACUCGGUAUCAGUUAAAUCGCGAAUAAACUAAAAAGCGCAGACUGAUGGCUUUUUUCGAAGCUUCUCUUCUUCCUGGCUGAGCUGAAUUUUCAACUGAUUCUUACAUAAUUUGGGCCAAAAUUUCUAAUGUCAAGUUAGGUCUUUGAUAAAUCUCAAAAAAAAAGUCAUAAUUGGAUGAAAUAGGUUGGAAGAGCCCAAAGUAAGAACUAAAACUACCUGCUUCAGGGUAAAAAACGAGCUCAUAAACCAAAUUACUUCGGCAGUCUAUAUUAUAUUGACUGAUGAUUCAGCUUAUGAAAGACUUUUAAAAACUUCAAAAAACAUUUUUUUUUUUUAUAAUUUGAGUAUAGACGAUUCACGGCUAGCUUGGGACGCAAAAAGGCGUGGCCUGUCUGCACUCUCCACCAACCAGGGCACUGUCUCGUCUCUUUUCGUGGCAGGACCCUUUUUUGAUGGCUCAAGCCAGCCGUGAAUCAGCUAUAUCAUUGCGAAACUCAAAAAGGAGGCGUAGGUUCAACGAAACGCGAGAAAAGAGCAAUAGAAAAACCCUAACAAGUGGAAAUUUUGUGCAGGUGGAAAUGCUCGACGACGGCGAACCGGCGGAGAGACGUGGGCUGGGGCAGCUGCAGUCGAGAAGAACAGACUCCUUCCGAACUUCAACCUCGGAAGGAUACGAGUUAA